UCUGGCCGCUACACCUUCCGUCAUUCAAACCAUCGAGUGAAACACACGCAGACUCUCUCUCUCUCGCUCUCUCUCUCUCUCUCUCUCUCUCUCUCUCUCACACACACACACACACGGGGGAAAACAAGGGAUUUUUAACAUGGAGAGGAAAGUAGCUCGAGAAUUUCGCCAUAAGGUUGAGUUGCUGAUUGAUAAUGAGGCAGAAAAGGAUUACCUGUAUGAUGUUCUGCGCAUGUAUCAUAAGUCUAUGGACCUGACUGUCCUGGUGGGGGAUUUGAAGCUGGUGAUUAAUGAACCGAACCGCCUGCCCCUGUUUGAUGCCAUCCGGCCUCUUAUCCCUCUCAAACACCAGGUGGAGUAUGACAACCUUACACCAAAGAGAUCCAGGAAGCUAAAGGAAGUGCGCUUGGACCGCACUCACCCUGAAGGCUUGGGUCUGAGUGUACGAGGUGGCCUAGAGUUUGGCUGUGGACUCUUCAUCUCACAGAUUGUAAAGGAUGGACAGGCUGGAACUGUGGGCCUGCAGCUGGGGGAUGAGAUUGUGCGCAUCAAUGGCUAUUCAAUUUCCUCAUGCAUCCAUGAAGAGGUUGUCAGCCUUAUCAAGACUAAGAAGACUGUGUCACUUAAAGUCCGACAUGUGGGAAUGAUUCCAGUAAAGAGUUCCGCUGAUGAACCUCUUAAAUGGCAAUUUGUGGAUCAGUUUGUGUCUGAAUCAGGGGAGAAGAAGAGCAGUGUUGCUGGCCUGGCCUCCAUCGGAGGAAAUGAUAUCAAGGAGAAAAAGGUGUUCCUCAGCCUGGUUGGCACCAAAGGCAUGGGCAUCAGUAUCUCGAGUGGACCAACUCAAAAGCCAGGGAUUUAUAUCAGCAAUGUAAAGCCUGGCUCUCUGUCUGCAGAAGUGGGCCUUCAGGUUGGUGACCAGAUUGUCGAGGUCAAUGGGGUGGAGUUCAAUAAUGUGGACCACAAGGAGGCAGUUCGAGUGCUGAAGAGCAGCCGGAGUCUAACUAUCACAGUCCUCACUGGAGCUGGCAAAGAGUUGUUCAUGACAGAUGAGGAGAAGCUGGCAGUAGAAGCUCGGCGAGAGAUUGAGCGCCAGGAGCUCAUGCAGCAGAAAAGAGUGGCAAUGGAGACCAACAAAAUCAUGAAAGAGCAGCAGGAGAAAGAGCGUCUGAGAAGAAUGGAGAUUUCGCAAAAGGCUGCAGAGGAAGAGGAACGAUACAGAAAUGAGAUGGAAAAGAUUGAGGCUGAAGAGAAAAAGCAUAACAGACAAUGGGAGGAAGACUGGGGUUCCAGAGAGAAGUCCAAAAGUCCAUCUCCUGUCCCUUCUCCUUCACCUCCAUCACGUUCUCCAACUCCUUCGAAACCCAGGAGCUCAGCUGCUGAAGCUAACACUGAUGAAGAUGAAGAAAUAGAGGGCAGAGAAGGCUUCCAGAAAUAUGUGGAUGACUUCGAUCCCUAUACAAUGUUCACCCCUGAGCAGAUAGAGGGAAAAGAUGUGCGGCUGCUGAGAAUUAAGAAGGAGGGCCCACUGGAUCUCGCUGUGGAAGGGGGAAUAGACUCUCCACUGGGAAAACUUGUGGUUUCAACUGUUUAUCAAGGAGGCUCAGCUGAUAAGCAUGGUGGAGUGGUGGCCGGUGAUGAGAUUAUGGCAGUAAAUGGAAAAAUCCUGACAGAUGUGACCCUGACUGAAGGACAGAACUCUCUAGCUCGGGCCUGGAACAGUGGAGGGGACUGGAUUGACCUUGUGAUAGCAGUUUCUGCACCAAAGGAAUAUGAAGAUGAAGUCCCUAAAGCAGCAUCAGUCAGUUCUACUGCAAACAGAAAGUUUUUCCAGGGCAGUGCCUCUGUGUACAGGCAGGGCUAUGUGCUACAGAUGAAAACACCUCACACCACACCCUGAUCACCUACAGUACACUCUCCUGGGUAACCCCUUUGACCCCAUUUAAAUUAGAGUGAGCGUAUGCAUCAUGUACAUGUGACGGUCUCUCGGACAGUCAAGAGUACCACGUGAACCGUCAAAUUAAUUUUCAGCUCAAGAUUUCAUCGUUUGUUUAUAAAGCAGAAAUUAUUAAUGAAGCUUUCAGUCAGUGAUAUGCAUUGUAAAGUGUGUGUGUGUGUGUGUGUGAUCUAAAAGAUCUACUCACAUCUUUUAAUUUAUUCUACAUGCUAAAUGAUGGAACUCAAUGGUUCUGUGUCCCAGCCAGAACCUUUAGCAGUCCUUCUGAUUGAUGUUGUUCAACGGGACUGUUACAUGUCAUGACUCAUACAGAAAUGUUGGUGUUGAUGGUUUGAUCUCAGCCCCUGAUGCAACAUGUUGCUAUUUAUUCCCUCUAACCCUUUCAUGCAUAGUGAUCACUACAGUGGACAUAUAGUCAAAAGCCAUUUUCUGGCUAUUGCAAAGAUUUCAAUAGAAUAACUGCAUAACAGCCACUAGAGUGGGCACUAAUUCUUCAUUUGAACACAUGCAGUCCACUGGAGUGGACACUUCAGUAACUUUUUGAAGAAUGUAUGUAAAAGUAAAAUGAAGGUAAAAUAAUUUUUGUGUGCCUAAAGAAGAGUAAAAACACAGAGAGAGAAAAAAAAUCAGGAUUUCAUAAUUCAUGCAUGAAAGGGUUAACACAAGAGAACACAAGAAUGGUGAAAUAAUGUAGAUUUAUAAAAGUUGCGUGAAGGAAUAUGUACUAGAAAUCAGAAUAUCUGUAUCCGUUGACGUGUGAUCUUAUAUGAGGAUUCAUUACAUUUAGCAACAUGCUUUGCUGUUGAAGUGUUUGUAUCUUUGAAUCAUCUUUGGUGCCUCUGUUUUCAGAAGUCUCUAUUUUCUUCAAUUUUCUCUAAAAGUGUGUGAAAGAGUGAAAAUUCCUCCUUGUUUAUACCUAAUAUUAACUGUAAUCUAUUAUC